AAUCGCUUUCUUUUGUUCGUCAUUCUGUUUUCGACAUGCCUAGGAAGAGUAUUGUUACGAUUGACCACGAAAUUGAGGUCCUGCAAGCUCAAAUCUCCAUUCUGCAUCGUCGUGAAAAUGACUUCGUCCGUAUUUUGGAGGACAUGGCCCGUCUUAGAGAUUCAGUCAAGGCCGAGCAAGUGACACUUGCAUCUCAAGUAACGGAGCUAGAGAGUCAGAGACAUCCGAUCAACUGGCUGCCCUCGGAGUUGCUGAUCCAAAUCUUUGUCUCUGUGGCGGAGGGCAACGACUCAGACACCUCAGCAGGUCUCCCUUACAAUUCCUCCCCCGUCAUUAUAUCUCAUGUAUGCCGGAAAUGGCGUAAACUCGCAUUUGCCACUUCUACACUGUGGUCGCGUGUUUCGUACAAGAGCAGAAAGUGGUCCGCGUCUCCGGUCUGCGCGUUCAUGGAUCGCUCAGGUUCUAGUUUGCUCGACUUCAUUUUCUCUCCCACACCGUACCACGUUGAUGACCAUGAAGCUUCCGAAGACGAGCGGCUGGCGUCUGAAAGCCUGCUCCACGCGAUGGGCUCUCACCUCUCUCGUGCGCGCUCUAUCACCUUCGAGUGCACAUCCUCUGCGAGUAUGCGACUCAUGGUCGAAGUACUCAUAGAUAACCUUCACGAACUGGGGUCAUUACGCUCCCUGGAUCUUUCCUUCACAAGCCUUGCCCCAUGCUUUGUUGGCACACCACUCCUCACACUGGAUGAACCAGGCGGACAAAGUCUCCCCGACACACCGAGCGUCCUUACCCACCUCCGUCUCCAACAACUACCACCGCGUGUCAUUCCUCCAUUUCUAUUACGGUCUGUGAAAACUCUCGAGCUCUCAUUCCCUCAACGAAGGUCCCACCGUGUUCCUCAGUAUACCCUACGAAUGUCCCAUCUGCACCGCUUCCUGAGUUUUAUUCCAGAGCUCCAAGACCUAGUUCUUAUGGAAGCCACACCGUUUCGUGAUAUUGUGCUCGAGGAAUCCAGGGAAGGACAGACAGCCGACAAUCGGUUCGCAGUCGUGUCCCCCCUUGAACUGCCUAAGCUCAGAAGUCUCAUAUGGAAGUUCGCAAGCUCCCUCGACGUGUACGCCUUCAUGUCUUUCUUCGGCUUGCCUGCACUGGAGCGAUGGGAAAUUCUAAUUGCCAACUCCCCAACGAAGCGGGGCGACGUCAGCACGCUCCGCGGUAAUCAUUGGCAAGAACCAGACUCGUUCAUCCAGGCAGAGCCUCUCGGAGGCGUCCUAUCCAUGACCGCGCUCAAGGAGCUGUGCAUCAGUUGCCAGAAUGGUGACUCCCUCAUUUCUUCCCUGCGCCAAUUCAUCUUCCCUGUGCUCGAGCAACUCGAGUUUGCAUACGCAGGAAAGUGCCCACCAAAAUGUGACCACAAGCAUCCUCUCCCGCGCCUUGAUUACGUAUUCCGCGACCCCCGUCUCCCCCACCUUACACAUUUCACACUAUCACACCUUGAUGUCUUUGCCGGGCACGGGAAGCUCAUGCUCGGUUAUAUGCCGAGCCUGGUAUCAUUGACGCUGAUCUCGUGCACGGGCGUGGAUGGCGUGCUCGACGCGCUUGCUGAGGCAUACGGUCUCGCGAUGGAUGCAGAACGCAAAGCAGCGCGUGGAUGUGGCGUCAGAGUUUGUCCAAAGCUAGAAAGUAUAACGCUAUGGGGCUGCUCCGACUUCAAAUUCAAAAGCUUAUUUGCAGCCGUAUUCGCGCGCGCACCGCCGGCAGGCAACAGCAUGCACGUGAAGGCUCAAAAGGACGUUCCUAGCGUUGUCUCGACGGUUUUGGGCCGUAAGAUACGGCCCUUGAAAAAAGCGCGCGUGGCAUCUCCACAAGGAGGCCCCUCUUCUCCCGCGAAGCCACAUUCAACACAAAACUCUCAUGGAGCAUCAUCGACGUUGAUUCCAAUCGAAGAAGCUUUGCGUCCUGUCCGCAUCGCCUGCGUUCAUGUGGACGAUUGUCCUCAGAUCACAGAGGACGAAGCAUUAUUGUUGGAGGAGUUUGGCACAGUCGUCGUAUAUCGGUAAUUACGUUCCCGCGAAGCACGGCGAUGAUGUUGGACCUGUUGUCACAGAACUAAGAUAAUAACCGUUCCAGCAAUGUAUCCUUUAAAGUAACUCCAAGCUACCGCAUGCCAAUCUUGAGG